AUGGCAACCCACAGUUUCCUGGCUCGCUUGCGAAACUUGUCGGGGAACAAACACCAGAAGGAAAUUGACAAGCAGCGAACGAUAGCUGCCGGCUCUGGGGCCGCAGCUCCGGCGCAUGACUCGAGCCGGCUCAACGUCGUCAAAGUCGUCCUCCCAGGUCGGACGCAAAACUCGAGUCCAUCGCCAUCGCAAGAGACGGCGUUUUCGAGCUCUCCAGGUAAAAGAUCCACCGGUGCCGAUGAAGCGAAUGACAGGGCUCGAGCGGGUAAUCAUGUCGUGCGUCUAACCGAGCAGGCCCUCGCGAAUCCUAAUCUUACCUCACAGCCGACGGGGAAAUCAUGGACAUUUGGGAUGUUUGACAUUGGCAAGCAGCUAGGGAAGGGCAAAUUCGGCCGCGUCUAUCUCGCGCGCGACCGCAUUCACGGUUGCGUCUGUGCCCUAAAGGUCCUGUACAAGAACGAGCUGCAGAGAGGCAACGUCGAGAAGCAAGUCCGGCGCGAGAUUGAGAUACAGGGCAACUUGCGACACCCCAACAUCCUCAAGCUCUACGGUCACUUCCAUGACAGAAAACGGAUCUGCCUAAUUCUCGAGUACGCUGGCAAGGGCGAGCUAUACAAGCACCUACGCAGAGCCAGGAGAUUUCCGGAGCCAAAGGCGGCACAGUACAUCGCCCAGAUGGCGGGCGCGCUGCGAUAUCUGCACCGGAAUCAUGUUAUCCACCGCGACAUCAAGCCCGAGAAUAUUUUGGUCGGCGCCCAGGGCGAGAUUAAGAUUUCCGAUUUCGGCUGGAGCGUGCAUUCACCAGAAAACGACCGGCGACAGACAUAUUGCGGAACGCUCGACUACUUGCCGCCCGAGAUGGUCACUCCACGAUAUCCGGACAACUCCUACGACGAGAGAAUCGAUCUGUGGGCACUCGGCGUUUUGACGUACGAAUUUAUCGUAGGCAAGGCACCGUUUGUGGACACGCCUGUCAGGACGACGAGGAGAAUCGCGAGGGCGGACAUGCAGGUGCCGUCCUUUGUCAGCGCAGAAGCGACCGACCUCAUCAAGGGAUUGCUCGUCGUCGAUCCCGACAAGAGAUUGACGCUCGACCAAGUUCUGCAACACCCCUGGCUCGUCAAGCACUGCCGGGAAACGGGUAGGCCCAACAAGCCGGCGGAGCAGGCAACGAGAGCCAGAGAAACGAAUAAAUGA